UUGGAAGUUUACAUAUAGAGAAUAUUGGCAAUAUUGAUCAUGACGUUAGGUCAAAAGUUAGACGUGUCCCUCAAGGUAGUGUUCCAAAUGGAAGCGCUUGCAGUCAGAUAAUUCAGGAGCCAGAUAGAAUAGGAAAUUCAUCCAAGAGGUCCGAGGUUGGUGUUCCGGAGAUUUCUGGUUCGACCAGAGAAGACGACUCUCCAUUUAAGAGUCACACGGAGAGUACAAAGCUCGACUGUCCUGUAAUUCCUAUAGAGUUUCUUUGCCCAAUAUCCCUUGAGCUCAUGAGGGAUCCUGUUAUUGUGGCUGCCACAGGACAGACUUAUGAGAGAUCGUACAUACAACAAUGGAUAGAUGGUGGGCACACAACAUGCCCAAAAACUCAGCAACAACUCCACAAUCUCACGCUCGCCCCAAAUUACGCACUGCGAAAUCUAAUUAGUGAUUGGUGUGCAAAGAACAAUAUAGAGCAGCCAACCGCCAUUGCAAAUGGGAAAAUAAAGAAAGGUGAUGGAUCAUUUCGCUAUGUUAGUCGAGAAGUAGCGGCUGUUGAGGUAAUUGUACGCAAGCUUUCAAGCAGGUCCAUCGAAGAUUGCAGGGCUGCAGUAGCCGAGAUCCGUUCACUUUCUAAAAGAAGCACGGAGAACAGAAUUUUGAUUGCUGAAGCGGGAGCAAUUCCAGUCUUAGUUAAAUUAUUGACGUCUGAAGACAGGCAGAUACAAGAAAAUGCUGUCACUGCUAUUCUUAACCUUUCUAUAUUUGACGAGAACAAAGGUAUUAUAAUGCUUGCCGGUGCUAUUCCUUCUAUCGUUCAAGUUCUCAGAGCGGGGAGCAUGGAAGCAAGAGAAAAUGCAGCAGCAACCAUUUUUAGUUUGUCACUCGGAGAUGAGAAUAAAAUAUUAAUAGGUGGAUCGGGGGCCAUACCAGCACUCAUUGAUUUGCUUCUGACAGGAGAUAUAAGAGGGAAGAAAGAUGCUGCAUCAGCAUUGUUUAAUUUAUGCAUAUAUCAAGGAAACAAGGGUCGGGCUGUUCGGGCAGGGAUUAUACCAGCACUGCUAAAAAUGCUGACGGAUUCAAGCAGUUGCAUGGUUGAUGAAGCUUUGACCAUUCUUUCGGUCCUAGCCAACCACCAGGAAGCUAAGGCGGUCAUAACAAGAGCUAGCACAAUCCCGGUAUUGAUAGAUCUUCUGAGGACAGGUUUACCUCGUAAUAAAGAGAACGUGGCUGCUAUCUUACUCUCGUUGUGCAAGAGAGAUUCUGAGAAUCUUGCUUGCCUUUGUAGGCUUGGUGCAGUUAUACCUCUUUCGGAGCUUGCUAAGAGUGGCACCGAGAGAGCCAAGAGGAAGGCUACUUCAUUGUUGGAGUACCUAAGAAAGUCUCAGCAGCUCUAACAGGUGUUAUAGCAGUUAGAUUCUCAUUAUUUGUUUCUUUAAUUCUUAUCUGACCACGAAAAUUACACUAUAUCUUAGAGUGUGAUCUAUGAAAACAAGCAUGAGAACAAUCUCAUUCUCAUUGCUUUAUAUAUGUCUAAUUUACUGGGUUUAAGAGUGCCACAGAGUGGUUUGACCUUUUCCUUUUUUUUUUGAAUUACUCAACUACCAGUUCAUUACAUUUGGCGCUAGAUAUAUAAACUAAUGUAGAGAACAGGGCAUUUUGAUAUUUGGAGAAGUGUACUUUAUGUAUCUUUUUAUUUGCCUUU